GGAUUCCAGAAGCGGAGCAGGUCUAAAUUACGAACUGGAUCCGGAUCGCCAUCAGCAACUCGGAGUGUCCGAGUGCUGGAGUGGCUUGCUCCUGUUAGCGGCUCGGUGACGCUGCUCUGGUCGCGGCUCGAUCACAAUCCCCAGGGGUGUGACGAGGGGCACCUCUUUCUGAAGCUGCUCAGGGAGACGAGUUAGUCCUGUCAGCUGCCGGAUGGGGUCUGAAGAGCGGAGCCUGGGUGAGAAGUUGCUGGAGGAGGAAGAGGAGGCCGACCCCGGGGGCUCAGUGCGGGUCCUGCAGAAGGGCAAUGGACGAGCACUGCCAUUCUGCCGGAAACUCUGCUUUGCUGUGGGGGGUGCACCGUAUCAAAUGACUGGAAAUGCUAUUGGCUUCUUCCUCCAGAUCUUUUUGCUGGAUGUGGUUCAGAUGGAGGCUUUCUAUGCAUCUCUGAUUUUAUUCAUAGGUCGAGUUUGGGAUGCUUUCACUGAUCCCAUUGUUGGAUUCCUCGUCAGCAAAAGCAGAAGAACAAGAUUUGGCAAGUUGCUUCCUUGGAUAUUGUUUUCCAUGCCAUUUGGAGUUGCUUCUUAUUUCCUGUUAUGGUUCAGCCCUUCUUACACAAUGUCCUGGAAAUACAGCUUCUUCUGGUAUCUUAUGACCUACUGUGCAUUUCACACCUGCAUGAGUUGUUUCCAUGUGCCCUAUUCUGCUCUAACCAUGUUUCUCGGUGGUGAUCAGCGUGACAGAGAUUCAGCGACUGCAUACAGAAUGGGAGUGGAGGUUGUGGCAACACUAGCUGGAGCUGCUAUUCAAGGUCAGAUUGUGGGAGCGUAUCACACGCAAACUGCAGAGACGUGUCGCAUGAUGCAGAAUGGAACAGAACUCAACAACACCUCUCCGUUGGUAAACAGCCUCAAUAACACGAAGUGGGCUUACAUGCUGGCAGCCUUGGUGAUUGGAAGCCUUUACUUUCUCUGUUCAUUGAUUCUAUUACUUGGAGUAAAGGAGCACACAGGUGGCUUUGCUCCUCAAGAUCAUUUCCACAUGUCAUAUGUAACAGGCCUGAAGCUGGUAAUGAGUCACAAGCCAUACUUGAGCCUCACCUUUGGCUUUCUGUUUAUCUCAUUGGCUUUUCAGCUCGUCCAGAAUAACUUUGCUCUGUUUUGCACUCAUGCUGCUGGUUUGGGCAAUCAUUUUCAGCACAUUAUCUUUGUGAUUCUGGUCUCUGCAACUCUCAUGGUUCCAUUCUGGCAGUGGGUCUUGGUAAAAUUUGGAAAGAAAAUAGCACUGUUUAUGGGACUGAUUUGGUACAUUCCACCUUUGAUCAUCAUCGCUACAGUUAAUGGUAAUCUGCCAAUUAUUAUUGUCAUGGCCAUCGCUGCUGGUAUUAGCCUUGCCGUUGCUUUCUUGUUACCAUGGUCGAUGUUGCCGGAUGUGGUGGAUGAUUUCAGAGCAAAGAACCCUCACUGCAUAGACCUGGAACCAUUGUUCUAUUCCUUCUAUGUGUUCUUCACUAAAUUUGCUGCUGGAGCUUCCCUUGGAUUUUCUACUUUAUGUUUGCAUUUUUCAGGUUACAGACCAGGUUCCUGUGCAUACAUUCCAGCUGUGGCAAUGACACUGAAGGUGCUGAUAGCACCAGUCCCAAUAACCCUGCUGCUGAUUGGUUUAGUAAUAUUUUAUUUUUAUCCAAUAAAUGAAGCACGAAGAAAAGAAUUAAAGGUGGAGUUUGAAGGAGCUAUAAGCAAAGAAAGAGGGAACUGCUUCCUUCUGGCCAAUCCUACUGUUUACCCAGCUGCCAGGAUGUGUGCAGCUGUACCUAGUGAUGACCAUGCUUUCAGUCCCUCGGUUAAUGCCUUUCCACAGCAAUAUGGCUAAAAUUCAGCAGAGUGGAGUGAAGUGGAAGAAGAAAAAGCUGGGGAGCGGAACUGGAAGAGAAUACACUUUAAAAACAACUGUGUCCACUGUAACAACUGUGACCUUUGUGGAUUCUGGCUCCGGUUGAAUUGAGAUGCAGAAUUCUUGGAAUGCAGAUGUGUGGGCUAGUGGUCACCAAAGUAUGUCUCCUUUUGUAAAUAACCAAAUGUGACUCAUUACUGAGCUGUCACAUAGUGACAACACUAAAAUGGAGGCUGUAGAGGAUCUCCACAAACCAAACAUCAUCUCUUUACCCAUCACAGCCAUACCACAACCUGAAACUAAAAUAAAGGGAGUUUAUAUCUUUAGUUUUUUACUUAAAAAAAGGUAUUCCAGUUUGUAUCAGACCAUGCAUUAAACUCAGCCCUCUGAUGUAGGACAAUGCUGUGAGAAGACUAAGCAACGUUUGGUUCUUUGAGUGGAGGAGUGGGGGCUGUGUGAGUGUUUUUUUCCCCCUUUAUCUCUGCUAUGCUUUAGCUCAACUUUUAUAGUCUUGUGUAAUAAUAACAGAAUUUAACUUAUUCGGUUAAUCAGUUGCCCAAGUAAUACAUGGAUGAAAUUAUAGACUGCUAUCUGCAAAAAAACAAAUUUUAAAAAAAUUACCUGUAACAAAAAUUGAGUUUUGUCCUUUCGUCUGUUGAAAACCAAUAGUUAAGAGACCUUGACUGUUUGCAGAUUGGUUCCUGCAGUCACAGAUACUAUGCUGACAAACGCAGGAACAGGAUUCAUUGCAUUUUGCAGCAAACUUUAACUCCUUUAAAAAAAGAUAUUUAAAGUAAUCCCAAAUGCUGCCACAAGCAGCACUUGAUCAUAGGAAUCAAACGUUUGAGCCAAACCUCUCCCACAUAGAGGCCAAAACAAUCAGUGCUGUAACCAUAGCCUGAUCCUGAACCUUCUUUUGUACUUUAGUUUCUGACCUGAGCCAUUACCUGAAACUAUGGUGCUUUAUGUGACAACAAAGCCACAUCACAGAACCAAGUCUCUUGAGAUUAACAGCAAUUUGUUUAAAUAAAAUGAAAUAAAUACUCGAGACAAAUGUUGGUGGGUUCUCAUUGUUUCCAGAGGAACACAAGUUUCAGCCUGUGAAGUAAAAUGAAAAUUAUAUAAAAUACAUCAGUUAUAGGAGGAUGUUUGCUAUGAGAUGUGUAAAGAUUGGAUUUGUACUUUGUUAAUGUUAAAGGAUUUUAAUAGAAAUUUGAAGAUAAUUUGAACUCUUGAUUUAAGGAUGAUUCAUUGUUUUUUUUACCUUACUGCACAGUUAGUGGUGAUUCUGAAAAUAUUCUCUAGCUGUUGGAAUUGUUUUUAGCACACUGAUGUAAUUUGUGUUACAAGCAGCUUCUUGGGCAGGAAGCUGAACAUAACCAUUUCCUGCCCUCGUUUAAGAGUAAGAUUUAAUGACUUAAAGUGAAAAGAAUUGAUCUGAGUGCCUUUACUUAGACCAAAGGACCUUGGACAAUGAAUAGCUUUUCAGUGUUGACCCAAAAAAAUCAAUGGGGCUGUAACAUUUUUCAUCGCAGAGUAGGUGUGAGAUAUAGCUCAAAACAGAAAGAAAAUUUAGGAUGUAACUCAAAAAACAUGGUGUGAUUUUUAUUUGCAUUUGGCUACAAUUAAUAAUCCUGAGGUACUCAAUCAAUCUGUGCAUUCAUUUAGAAUAAAAUUUGACAUCUUCAUGAAGAAACUUGCAGACAUUAGUAGUGAAAUCCAAUGAGCAACAUGGUUUUAUACAGUAAGACAACCCGAACCAGUGGUUAGUGUGGUGGAGGUAAUGCAAGAUCAUGUUGAUGAUUAAAAACAUUUUUAAAGCAACAGAGAAAAAAAUCCCCGGGUUAAGGGUGAAACGACCAAAGCAAGCCCGUUUAAGGCUGACUGGACUUUUACUGUACAGGGAGCAUAAUCUGAAUCAUGGUAUUUCUACUAAUUCUUUAUGUCUGCAUUGUAUAUGUUUGAGAAAUCAUUGAUAAUUUAUUGUAACAGUUUCUGAAAACUUGGUUCUAUAUAAGAAUUUGUUCAAAGUUUAUAUUUUAUAUUUUGCAGGGUGGGGCGUGAUGUACUAUUAUUUUUUUUGCUGUAUUAAAAAAACUGUACUCUU